GUACUGUAUCUAUGAGCAAGCCGGGCUAGUUGAGGUACGGAAAUACGAACGAGUCAAAACUCAGCAAUAGCUCCGUCCAGUCACUUCCCUGCUAAUACAACGCCGAUUAAAUAUUGAAACAAACUAAAUCACUGGUUGCCAUAAACGUUUGACAGGUGGGGUCCCAGCACAAACGGGGAGGACCGUGGGGUCAUGUCAGCUGACUGCCACUUCCAUUCAUAUCUACCUUCAUUAUGUCUCUUGGGGAUAGUCCUCACUUGCUGCUCGGCCGGAUUCGCUUUCUAAACCGGUGCAUUGAGUGUUUCCGGAAGAGUGAGCCGCUUCCCGAUAGCCUGUGUUAUGUGCCCGGCGAAGUGUGCUACAAAAUCUGCAAGGAUUCGUCGUCCAGUGCCUGCGCUGCCGCCUCCGGGACUUCCACGGGGGGCUCAGGCAAGACAGUGGUGUCCGUCUUUGACAGCCCCCACCAGAGUCCCAUUAAUAAGAAACUAUGCAAGUACACAAUUGAAUUAAAGAAAGGGACAUGUAUCCGAACCACAGGGGAGGAGUACUGUAAUAGCCAAGGCCUCUGGGUCAAGAUCAAUAAGGAGCAGCUGGAGGAGCACCGUCCUGGGCAGGAGCUACAGGAGGGUUGGAUCCUGGUGUGCAAGCACACCGAGGGUGGCGACAGACUGGUACCAGUGGAGUCGGCCGAGACGGUGAGCAGACAGCAGCAACUCUUUGGCUACGACCACAAAGCAUGCAACAGGUGGGAGCAGGUGGUGGAUGUGGAGAACGCCUUGUUCUUAGGUGCCAAACCCAAGAUCGCACAGCCAGAUGCUGCCGCUGUAGAGAAGCUCAGGUACAUGCCCCCGACGUGGACGUACGAAUGCGACGAGGACCUCGUGCACUACUUCUACGAUCACAUCGGCAAAGAGGACGAGAAUCUAGGCAGCCUGAAGCAGAGUGUGACCAGCAUUGACGUUUCUUCAUGUUCAGAGGAUCCAAGUGGUGGCGUGAACAGCCUAACAGACGGCGACACCAAAACGUACUGGGAAAGCGAUGGAAUGCAGGGACAACACUGGAUACGCCUUCACAUGAAGAGAGGGACUGUCGUCAAUAAGCUGAUUUUAACAGUGGACUCAACAGACGACAACUACAUGCCAAAGAGGGUGACAGUGUACGGAGGCGAAGGAGACACCCUUAAGAAGCUGAGUGAUGUCACCAUUGAUGACAAUCUGAUUGGGGAAAUAUGUGUGCUGGAAGACAUGUCAUCCCACCUGCCAAUAAUUGAGGUCCGAAUUGAGGAAUGUCGGGAUGAGGGAAUAGACGUGCGGAUCCGAGGCUUGAAGAUUAAGUCAUCAUGCGAGCGAGACUUGGGACUAAAUGCUGAUGUCUUUCAGUCCUCUUACUUGGUGCGUUACCCCCGUCUACAGGGGAUGCCGGCCGAUGUCCUUUACCGCCGAGCGCUGAUCAUCCAGAGGUUCAUUUCCUUACUAGAUAGUGUCCUCCCACACUUUGUGCCAGCCUGGGAUUACAGCCUCGGCACCUUUAACCUCAUCAAAAGCAUAAAGCAAUUCCUCCUGCAGUCCAAACGCCGCUCUGCGCUGGUCACACAGUGCCUAAAGGACUCAGAGACCAGCAAGCCCAACUUUCUGCCGUGCCUCUAUAUAAACAGGCGGCUGGCCAUGGAGCACAGGGACAACCCCUCACUGGACCCCAGCUGUAAGAACGCCGUCUUCAGUCAGGUGUACGAAGGCCUAAAGCCGUCCGACAAAAUGGAGAAGACUUUGGAUUACAGGUGGCCUGCACGUUACGACCAGUGGUGGGAAUGCAAGUUCAUCGCAGAGGGCAUCAUCGACCAGGGCGGCGGCUUCCGAGACAGCUUGGCCGACAUGUCCGAAGAGCUGUGUCCCAGCUCGGCUGAGUGUCUGAUGCCGCUGCCCUUCUUCACAAGAACAUCCAACCAGGGUGCCCUGGAAGCCAGAGACUACUAUGUCCCCAAUCCAUCCUGCAAAGAAUUCCACAAGUACGAGUGGAUCGGGCAGCUCAUGGGCGCAGCGCUUAGAGGGAAAGAUUUCCUUGUUCUGGCUCUGCCCGGCCUAGUGUGGAAGCAGUUGACCGGGGAGGCUGUCAGCUGGAGUAAAGACUUCCACGCUGUUGACUCUGUACUGGUCAACUUGCUGGACGCCAUGGAUAACAUGGACCGCGAGACGUUCGAGUUCCGUUUCGGCGAGGAGCUGGUUUAUACGACGUUACUGAGCGACGGCCAGAUGGUGGAGCUCGUCCCGGGCGGUGGCAACGUGGCAGUUCGCUAUGAGGAUCGGCGUGAGUUUAUCCGCCUGGUGCAGAAGGCUCGGCUGGAGGAGAGCAAGCAGCAGAUAGCGGCAUUACAAGCCGGUCUGCUCAAGGUGGUCCCCCAGGCGGUUCUAGAUCUGCUCACCUGGCAGGAAGUGGAGAAGAAAGUCUGUGGAGAUCCAGAGAUCAGCGUGGAAGCACUCAAAAGACUCACAUGCUACGAGGACCUGGAACAAAAUGAUGUUCGCGUGCAGUACUUGUGGGAGGCACUCACAAACUUCACCAACGAGGACCGUAGCAGAUUUCUAAGGUUCGUGACAGGUCGAAGUCGUCUUCCGGCCCCCAUCUACAUCUUUUCUGACAAGCAAGUAUUUUGCUCUGAGAGCGAUGCACUUCCGCAGUCUUCCACAUGCUCCAGCACACUCUAUUUACCCAACUACCCGAGCGCAAAAGUUUGUGAGGAGAAGCUGCGCUACGCCGCCUACAACUGUGUGGCCAUUGACACAGACGUGAGCCCUUGGGAAGAGUGACGACUCGGAAUUUCCCUGCACUCAUAUCAUUUUUAAAAAGGAAGAACUGCCAAGUCAUCACAGCUGUAAAUAAUAAAGAGGAAAUAAUAAAGAAAUAUAUGUGAAGACUUAACUUGUCUAAUGUCUUUUGGACCAUACUGUAUAUUAUUUGAGUGACCAUUUUCAUUAUACAUUACCCUUGUUUUAAUCACAAUAUACUUUAUUUUGUUUCCUAAGGUUUUUGUAUUUGCAUAUUUCACAUCACAUAAUUUGAAGACCUAAUUUUUUAAUGUUAUGUUUAAAAAAAUAUUACGUAUGUCCCAAUUGCAUAUUUUUGCACUCGAGUCCUAGUCCUGAUUUUGAGAAUCUGCCGAUACGGAGUUCCAAUCCAAUACCGAGAAAAUGUCUGUUUGAAAAGAACAAAAUAAAAGUUUCAAACGUGUUACAGUUCUGUACUGUUUACUUUACUUCAACUUCAGCAUUUUCCGUGGGCGUUGCGGAGUAUAAAAAAAUAUAUAGUUUAUUUCUUUUGGCAAUGCCAUUGUA